AUGGCGGUGCCUGAGAAUGCCAGGGCGGGACAGCAACCCGAUAGACCUAAGGAUCCUCACGCCAGCACUCUAUUUUUCACUGCCCUCGCGCACGAGCAGCCGCCCGGACGAGGGAACGCGGCCGCGGCCGGUAGACGUGCCUCGGUUCCCUCGUUGGCGGCUGCAAGCCAGAACCGGCGCCACAGUAAGCGGCAGCAUGACGACGUGCCUAGGCCGACGGGGACGCCGGAACAACGCAGAGCGGCGUUCACGACUCGAAGCGUUCAGCCGAGCGGCGGACUUCCCCAUACUCUUGAGAGAACAGCUCCGCUUGCCGGAAAGCCGGUGGCUGCGACAACCGAGGGCGUCUCCAACCCCGCUUCUGCUGCGGCCGUUCGCCAUGAGGAGAGGCCGCCCUCCAUGCGACUCGCAACCGGCGGCAUCCAGGCGGUCGGGGGCCACGAGGAAGACGUCCCCGAGGGCGCCGUGGCAUGCGUGUUGGUCUACAUGUGCGUCGUGGUCUUCGGAAUCGCCGGGCUGCUCAUCUACGUCUACCGCAGCCUGUCGACCCCGCCGCCGGAAAUGGAGCCGUGUACGUACGAGGCAACGGCGUUGACGGCGACGAAGCCGUCCGUGCAAACUCGAACGCGGCGCCACUGCAAUACCGCUACUACCGCUUGGGAGCAGACGUGCCACCGCACUACCUUCGCGAGGUCCCAAGGCACGUGGUCGCGGAGCCUCGGAGAGCGCCGGAACCACCAGCGGCAUUGUCGGAACCGACGACGCGGAGGAAAGAGACGACGAUCGCGAAGAGGCAGGAGACACGGCAGUUCCGGCCCCGGCGACGACGACGACGCCUGGUGAUGAUCGGCGUCCCUUUGAACUGGUCGUGUUUGUGGCGCCGGCGUACGACGGGCGUCUUUCGAACGGGAGCUAUGGGGAUCGGCGACGGGAAGGAAAGGGUCAUUUAGAGCACCGAGGGUUAGGACGGCGUGUCGGUUGAACAGCCUUCUCGCGUGGACUCACCUGAAAUGGCAGAAACGCGCAUUUGUGCUGUAUAUAUAUGUGCGCUGUAAUGACAAUUUUCGUGAUGGUGGUUAGCCGGAACACUCUCACUCACUGAACAAUUUAUAGCGUGCUUUCCUAUGUAAUUUAUCGCCUUCUUUGUCUACUAUGGCUGCCGGGAUUAAAUUUGUCGCACAUUUGG